UUCACUAGCUUUAUAGUGCUAGUCUUGAACUCCUGUAAUCUCAUCAUCUAUUCACUCUUCUUGUAAUGGCAUGUCUUCUUUCUUGUACACUCUUCUUCUUAAUACAAACAGUCCUACUUCUAUCGCCUAUUUCUGCACAAAAUGCUGGUAAUAUACCAGUUACGUUGGCCGAUCUCUCGUAGCCGCCACCAAUGGCUCAUCAUGGCUUUCACCUUCCGGCGAUUUCGCCUUUGGCUUUCAUCAACUUCCUAACACCAGAAAUCUUUUCUUGCUUGCCAUCUGGUAUGCCAAGAUUCCAGACACUGUUGUCUGGAAUGCUAAUGAUGGAAAUCCUGUUCCUCAAGGAUCAAGAGUACAGAUAACUGCAAAUGAGGGCCUACUUCUCAGUGACCCUCAAGGAAACAACUUAUGGAACACCUCUGACGAGUUAAGCGAUGGUGGUGGUGGUGGUGGUGGGGUGAGGUAUGGUUUCAUAAACGAUACCGGUAACUUCGUCCUCAAAAGAAGCAGCAACGACAGUCCAGUUUGGCAGAGCUUUGACCAUCCCACAGACACCUUGCUGCCUGGUAUGUCACUGGGAUUUAAUGGGGUGAUUAAUUCUCGACUGUCAGAAACUAAUUUUACAGCAGGAAGGUUCCAGUACCGUCUGACCUCAGAUGGAAGCAUGGCUCUCAAUGCCAUAGACCUAACAACCGGCUAUGCCUAUGAUGCCUAUCAUUAUAGUGACGCUGGAAAUCUAGGUCUGGCUCAGAGAUAUGUGUACAAUGAGUCAGGGUAUAUGUACAUAUUGAGAAACGAUGGGUCGAGGUAUAAUAUGUUACCUGAUAAUUACACACCGUCACAAGAUUAUUAUCAGAGAUUGAUCUUGGCCUUUGACGGCAUUCUAAUGUGGUAUUCCGCCCCUAAAAAAUCUGUCACUGAUGGUUGGUCCUUGUUUCAGAUAACACCUGGCAAUAUCUGUACGGAAAAGGCCAUGCGAAAUUUAGGCACUGGGAUUUGUGGGUCUAACAGCAUUUGCAGCCUUGAUGCUGAUAGAAGGCUCGUAUGUACGUGCCCAAGAGGUUACUCCCGCGUUGAUCCAAGUGACCAAUUUGGGAGCUGUAAACCCGAUUUCAAGCUACAGAGUUGUGAAGGAUAUGCUGGAGAGAUAUCCAUGAAGGGUGACUACAAAUUAGUACGGCUUCAAAACACUGAUUUUGUUUUCAAUGAUUAUGAAAGGGUUAAUUCUAACAAUGAAGAGGAUUGCAAGAAUGCUUGUCUGAAAGACUGCUACUGCGCUGCUGCCGCUUUCGCGCUAUUUGGUAGUAAUUCUGGUUGUUGGAAGAAGAAGGCACCACUUUCUAAUGGAAGAACAGACAGUUCAGUAACCGAUGGUUUUUGGAUAAAGGUAGGGAACGCUAACAUUUCCAAUAACCCACUCAAUCCUUAUGUUAACUUCCCUCCUUUGACAGCAAAAAACAAAACGAAAGCUCUAAACAAAGUUCUGAUCGGUGGCUCUGUAUCUGUUAAUAUACUGCUUCUAACUGCAAUUGGUCUCGGAAUUUUCUUCGCUUAUCAUAAGAAGCAACUCAAAGGCUUUGAUGAGGUCCAGAGGAAAAGAUUGAGGGAAUAUAGUAAGGUCCAUUAUUUCAGCUACCAAGAACUCAAUGAGGCUACAAAUGGGUUCGAGGAAGAGUUGGGAAGAGGGUCUUUUGGUAUAGUUUACAAGGGCAUGAUCAGUGGAGGAGGUCUUUCAACUUGUGUUGCUGUUAAGAAGCUGGAUAGAAUGUCAGGUGAUACCGAUAAGGAGUUCAAAACUGAAGUUAAUGUGAUUGGCCAGACACAUCACAAGAAUCUAGUACAACUUGUAGGAUUUUGCAAGGAGGAUGAUCAAAGGCUGUUAGUUUAUGAACAUAUGAGCAAUGGUAGCUUAGCAGCUUACCUUUUUGAUGGUUUGAGGCCGAGCUGGAAAGAUCGAGUUAAAAUUGCUCAGGGGACAGCAAGGGGGCUAUUGUACUUGCACGAGGAGUGCAGCACCCAGAUCAUUCAUUGUGAUAUAAAGCCCCAAAACAUACUUAUAGAUGAAUAUCAGAAUGCUAGGAUUUCUGAUUUUGGUUUGGCUAAGCUUUUGAUUCUAAAUCAAACCCAAACAAAUACUGCAGUCCGAGGAACCAAAGGUUAUGUUGCCCCUGAAUGGUUCAGAAACAAGCCGAUUACAGUAAAGGUAGAUGUCUAUAGCUUUGGGGUUCUGUUAUUAGAGAUCAUAUGUUGUAGAAAGAGUGUAUGCAUGGAUCUCAUUGAAGCGGAAGGAGCCAUUUUGACAGAUUGGGCAUUUGAUUGCUACCAAUCAAAUAGAUUAGAUUCACUUGUUAAUGAUGACAUGGAGGCAAUUACUGACAUGAUUAGACUGAAGAAGUUUGUAAUGGUUGCACUUUGGUGUAUUCAAGAAGACCCAAGUGUUCGACCAACAAUGCGAACAGUCACACAGAUGCUAGAAGGUCUUGCUGAAGUGCCUAAUAACCUUCCUUGUCCAACCUCAUUUUCAGUUACUACCCAAUAUUAAACAUGCCCAGUAUUCUUUAUUCUGUUCAAUUUUAUUUUUACAUUAGUGAUAAGCUGGUAGUGUAGCCAUCAGCCUCAGUAGGCUCUAGCACCAAAUGAAAACCGAACUGUAAAUUAAGUUUUAUUAACCCGGAAAAUUUCAACUGUUGGUGUCAUUAUGAAUAAUGUAAGUAGACAUAAAUUUUCUUUGAAA